CUCCCCGCGGCGUCCUGCCGGGUCCUGUCCCGCAGCGUCCUGCCGGUGCGCUGUGCGCUCUUCGUGCUCUCCCCUGGAGUAGGCGCUGGCCGCUGCUCCCAGCGCAGCCAUGGCUCAGCACUUCUCCCUGGCCGCCUGCGACGUGGUCGGCUUCGACCUGGACCACACUCUGUGUCGCUACAACCUGCCCGAGAGCGCCCCGCUCAUUUAUAAUAGCUUUGCAGAGUUCCUGGUCAAGGAGAAAGGAUAUGACAAGGAAUUGCUCACUGUGACUCCAGAGGACUGGGAUUUCUGUUGCAAGGGCUUGGCAUUGGAUCUGGAAGACGGGAACUUCAUUAAACUUGCAGAUAAUGGCACUGUUCUCAGGGCAAGCCACGGCACAAGGAUGAUGGCUCCCGAGGAGCUGGCCAAGGAGUAUGGCAGGAAGGAGUGGAAGCACUUCAUGUCCGACACUGGAAUGGCUUGCCGCUCAGGAAAAUACUAUAUUUAUGAUAACUACUUUGACCUGCCAGGAGCUCUUCUGUGUGCCAGAGUGGUGGAUUCCUUAACAAAGCACAAUGGUCAGAAAACAUUUGAUUUUUGGAAGGAUAUCGUGGCUGGUAUACAACACAAUUAUAAGAUGUCAGCUUUUAAGGAAAACUGUGGAAUAUAUUUUCCAGAAAUAAAAAGAGAUCCAGGCAGGUAUUUACACAGUUGUCCUGAAUCUGUAAAAAAGUGGCUUCGACAGCUAAGGAAUGCUGGGAAAAUUCUUUUGUUAAUCACCAGUUCUCAUAGUGAUUACUGUAGACUCCUCUGCAAACAUAUCCUUGGGAAUGAUUUUGCAGAUCUUUUUGACAUUGUGAUUACAAAUGCAUUGAAACCUGGUUUCUUCUCCCAUUUACCAAGCCAGAGACCUUUCCGGAGACUGGAGGAUGACGAAGAGCAGGAGGCACUGCCAUCUCUGGAUAAACCUGGCUGGUACUCCCAAGGGAAUGCUGUCCACCUUUAUGAACUUCUGAAGAAAAUGACUGGCAAACCUGAACCCAAGGUUGUUUACUUUGGGGACAGCAUGCACUCAGAUAUUUUCCCAGCCCGUCACUAUAGUAACUGGGAGACGGUCCUCAUCCUGGAGGAGCUCAGAGGUGACAGGGACUGGAAACCUGAGGAAUCGGAGCCGCUAGAGAAGAAGGGGAAAUAUGAGGGACAGAAGGCAAAGCCUCUGUAUUCAUUAUCUAAUAAAUGGGGCUCUUUUUUUAUUGACUCCAUUUCGGGACUGGAAAAUACAGAAGACCCAUCUGUCUAUACAUGGUCCUGCAAGAGAAUCAGUACUUACAGCACUAUUGCAAUUCCAAGUAUUGAAGCAAUAGCAGAAUUACCCCUGGACUAUAAAUUCACAAGGUUCUCCUCAAGCAAUUCAAAAACAGCUGGCUACUACCCAGGUCCUCCACUGGUCUUAGCAAACGGUGAAUCACCGACAACCAGAUAACUUGAUCUCUACUGAAAAAGGAAGUGAAGAACCAUAUAUGCAGCAAAUGUACUGUGAAAAUGUUAAUUUAAAAAAAAUACUGUAAUGUGCUUUAUAGGAACAAAUUCUUAAUGAAAAUUGAUGAAGAAAUUGUUUUUUUUUCCACAGGUCCUCUUUCUCUAGAUGCCCAAUAACUCUGAUUAUAUCAAGAUCUCAGUAUCUUAGAACUGAAAAGAACCUUACCACUAUUUUGUAUACCAGUAGCUCUGAGAUUAGAAUUCACCCUGAGACACACACAUACACACACAUAUUUACACCUAAGCCUAGGCCAGUGGCCCUCAAAGUGUGGUCCCAACCCACUAUCAUAGCAUCAUGUGAGAAUUUGAUAGAAAUACAAAUUUGCAGGCUACACCCAAGACCUACACAGAAUUGGAAACUCUGGAAACCUGUGUUUAAUAAUCAUGUGAUUCACACUAAAGUUUGAGAGCCACUGGCUUGACCAUAACCACCAGAGACUGGGUCAUUGGGUCUGGGGACAGAGAGGGGUACUGACCCCUUUUAUACCCAAGGACACUGAGUCCGGUGAGAGUGAAUGACUUUUCCAGGGUAUCAGGUUUUAUGCUGUUCUCUUGUUUUCCAAAGCAAGGAAUGGAGACGUGAUCUCUUCUGAUGCCACACAGCCAGUGUGGGACAGAGAUGACACCAGAAGCCUGCUAUUUCAGCCUCCAACGUUGCCUGUUAGGGUUCCCCCCAAUAAUGGUAAAGUCUGUUUCAUUUAUUUCCAUUCAUUUUAAAGCAUGUAUUCUCAAAACGGAAAAGAAAGGUUCUUAAGGUGAAAAAAAAAUAAGAGACAGCCCAAUGGAUUCCAGCCCUCCAAAGUUCAACAUUACCCAAAAAGUCUUAUUCCAUAGUAUUACUACUUCUCAUUAAGGAGAAAUAUAAUGUAAAGCUCAAUUUAUUCAUUAAAUUUGAGUGAAAUUUUUCUCCUUGGGUGAGGCAGGCAGUGAUGAAAAAAAUUGAGUAAAACUGCUUUAGAAGAGUUCAUCGUUGUAACGACCGUCUGGGAUUAUUGUGUUCUGUGUGCUGUGCAGUCGUAUUAAUGGUUGUUCAUUGCAGGACAUGGGGAGGCAGGUAAUGUUUACAAUAUAAAUCCUGGCUCCUCUUUAUGUUGUAAUUUCACCGUUCGUCAUGAACAAUGACAGAAAACACACUGAUCACCAUCAUUGUUUUAGUUGGACUGUAACAGAGAAUUUAGCAUAUUGAUACCUACAAAGAAAAGAUAAAUAUUUUGUUAAAAAUGUUAAAUGCUCAAAAAUAGUCCCAAAUCUAUGGUGGGGAUGAGUAUCUCAGGGUAGGUAAACAGUUACUGAAAUUAUUUUCUCAAAGUCAGUAACUUUCUUUGAUGUCUAAUAAGAAUAUAAUAAUGUGUUUGGAAUGGAUUUCCAGAUCUCAGUGGAAUAUGAUGACGAGCACACAAAUCAAGCUUAGGGCUAAGUGACAGAUGCUGUCUCCUGUAUACUUGCAGUGCACACUUGGUUUCUUUCAAAAAUAAAGCUAUUUUUCCUUACACGUGUUUAUUUUGUAAAUGGCAAAGAACCAUACAUCUUUAAAUGCAUAUAAACUACUAUAGUUAAUAUGAAAAAUGAGAACCCCCAAAAAUUAAUUCAGACCACUAUGGAGUGGAAAAAAAAAUUCACUCAAGAAGUUCUAAUCCUACUUUUACUAGUAUCUACCUAAAGAAUCGGAAUAAUUUAACCACCUAAUUUGACCUCUGUUUUUCCCACCUUGUGAAAAGAGGAGGUUAGAAUUUAUUUCCAAGUUCGCUUCCACCUUUCUAAGGGACAGUCAGUGAUAAUAAUGAAUGCUGUAAUUAAAAUGUUUAUUUCACUUCUGAAAAUGCCAGUGUUUCUAAUUGGACAUGAAGAUUUAAAAUCAUCCAAAAAUGGCAAUAUAAAAAUUUAAAAGAGAAUCUUAGAGAAGAAAGCUAUAUAUUCUAAAUAAAGUCAUGAGUAGCAAAGCAGGAAAAUUGUGCAAGUAGGCAGAAGACUUAAGUUUCACCUUAGUAUACAGGCAAACACUCAUCAUCCUUUUAAAAGAUACCUAAACACAAUUGUCGAAGGUGCUGAGAUUCUGCUGGCCGCUGUUGAUCUCACCUGCAGAGGAAAGACCCGAAUGGCACUGCUGUCAAAUAAUUUGUCAGAAUUUGGUGUUUAGAAUAUCAAGGCAGAAAAGACUUCAGUGAACCUAGAAUUACCACAUAAAAUUCAAGUACUGAGUUUGUUAAACUCUAAAUUGAAAUUAA